CUAUCAGACAAGUCGAGAGAACUGGAGGGGGGAGAAAGAGACGAGACACAAAGACAAUAGGAGCUGAGCCCAGCCCAGCCCCGCUUGCGGUUUCGAUCAAUCGGGAAGAGUUCCCUCCCGGGUACUGAUGGAAUCCCUCGAUUGCCUCCAUGUCUUAGUUCCCUCCGUCUGCCUUUUUUGGUGCCACUGAUGAUUCUCUCAAAAUAAUCUGCCCUUGGGUUCUAUUAGAGGCAACUUCGACCCAAUCUCAAGAGCUAAAUGAGCUUUACGGGGCCUUCUGUUGGUUCGGGUGGGGCAGCUAGGAGGGCUUUUGAAUUUGGGAGGACCUAUGUGGUCAGACCCAAAGGCAAACACCAAGCAACUGUUGUUUGGCUUCACGGUCUUGGAGAUAAUGGUUCCAGUUGGUCCCAGCUCUUGGAGACACUACCCCUACCAAAUAUAAAGUGGAUCUGCCCAACUGCUCCAACCCAACCAAUAAGUAUAUUUGGGGGUUUUCCUUCAACGGCUUGGUUUGAUGUUGGAGAGCUUUCAGAAGAUGCUCCCGAUGAUUUUGAGGGUUUGGAUGCUUCCGCAGCUCAUGUGGCCAAUCUGUUAUCUACAGAGCCUGCUGAUAUCAAACUCGGCGUGGGAGGUUUCAGUAUGGGAGCAGCGACCGCCCUGUACUCUGCAAUCAGCUAUGUCCAAGGAAAAUAUGAAAAUGGCAAUCCUUACCCGGCCAAUCUAAGUGCUGUGGUGGGACUUAGUGGCUGGCUUCCCUGCUCAAAGAUGCUGAAUAAGAGGAUAGAGGGGGUUGAUGAAGCUGGAAGGCUCGCUGAGUCCUUGCCCGUAUUGCUCUGCCAUGGGAAAGUUGAUGAUGUGGUCCUUUACAAAUUUGGUGAGAAAUCCUCACAUGCUUUGAACUCAGCUGGAUUCCGUGAUGUUACAUUCAAAUCUUAUGAUGGUCUUGGGCACUUCACGGUUCCUGAUGAGAUGGAUAUGGUCUGUUCAUGGCUAUCAUCGAAAUUGGGGCUUGAUGGCUCUUCAUAGUGCCUUCUAGUUGUGAUGGAUGAAAAGCAAGAUAUUCACAAGAUAGUGAGAGACGUUUACGGGAUCUUAUCAGGUUGGGAAAAUGCGUGUGAUAUAAAAGUUGUUGGGGUCUUAUUCUUUGUCUUGCUAAAACCUGCAUUUGGUGUUGUUUGGUUGAUUGGUGACUUCAUGUACUUUAUGUUGCUGAGUUGUAUAAGUGAUUUGUAAUUUGAGGGACGUACAUUGCAAAUCUUUUUCAAGUCGCAGUUGUGCAGUUUGAGUUUCAAAA